AUGGAGCGCCAACACAAGUUGCAGACCGCCGUGUGCCUGAACCGGAUAGAGUCACGCGCUGACGUCGUGGUCACUGAUGAUCACACCGUUCAAAUUGGCACAGAGCAUUAUUCUGUUGGCUUUGCCUUUGGUAGCGAGGCUUCGCAGCGGGUUGUGGCCAGCUCGCUCGUGCCGCCUGCCGUCAUCACGGCAUUUGAUGGCUAUGAUGUCUCCGUACUUGUGUGCGGUGCUCAGGCUGAUAAUCUACUGAUCGGUCAUGAGGCUCCGGGGUUGAUCUACUAUCUACUCGAUCAAGUCUACGAGCGCCUAGCGCAUGCAGGAGCAUCCUCGCCCGUCUGGCAGGGUGUCUGCCAUGAUCUUUUGGGCCGCCACACCUGUGCGCGUGGCGAGGACGCCGAGGCACACGUCGCCCCUGAUAGCGCGGCUGCCGCUACCAUGGUUGCACAGAUCCUUGAUGAGGGGCGUCAACAUGGGUUUCCCCAUGCCCUCUCUGGUGCCUUUGUUGUCCAACUCGCGCUGGCUGACCACCUCUUGGGACGCGGUGCCAUCAUUCGAUUUUGCCUGGUUCCAUGGCGACCUCUUGUUCGCAUGCUGGCGGCCACUGCGGCCGAUACCCCGGAUGGCAGAGGGGCUCCACAUGAUGCCUUGGAGGCACUUAUGACCAAGCUCAUGGACCAGACCGCUGCGACCUUGGUUGCUACUGUGCAACCUGAUCAGGAGCAACAUGGAACCAACCUUGACUUGAUUCGUACCCUGAGCGCAGCUGCGACGAGCCGCUCCUGUGCCGUGGCACGCCGCCAAGUCCGCGGCCUUGCCGACUUGGUACCAAAUCUUCGCCAAACCUCGACCAGCCAUAAUCUGGAAAAGGAAGCAGCAGCUGACGCUCGGGCCGAGCCCGAGCUUUCCGCUAUUCCCCGGGAGGAGGGCGUGGCCACAGAAGGAUCUGAAACGCCCACCCUGUCUGGGAGCUCGCAAGCAACACGCGACUUUGCGCGCCUUUUCGAUGUUACUCCUCGCGAGCAAGCGCUGGCGCAACAGCAGCGUGCUGCGUCUGUACGCCCUGCUGACCGAGACUUCUGGCCCGUCUCGACAGCGCGGCAGUCCGUCUUUCCGACACCUUUGGGAGCUCAGCACCAGGCACCGCCAUCAAAAGUGUCCUCCGAUAUGGCUGACCUCCCUACACCCUCAUCGACGUCGUUGCGCAGCGCCGCGGCAACGGUUCAUGCGACACGCCAGCGUGUGCAGGAAGUCCUAGCUUCCCGCCAUCUGCGCACUCAACCCUCCGUACCUGCGCGGUAUCGCGUGGGGGAGCGAAGUGACAGCGGGGUGGAGAUUACGCGCACCACCACGCGCAUUGGUGUUCCGCCCAAGGCAUCUGCCAACGAUGCACUCAAGACUGAUUUGUCCGCACCCCAUGCCCCCGCCAGGCCGGCAAUGUACUCUCGCUCCGCCACUGGUGGCACGGACAGCCACGGCCUUCGGGAAGACCUGCGCUCACUGCGCCAACGCCUCGAGCGCCGCCAGCGGGAAGAAGACUUGAAUACCCGGGAUGCCGACAGUGAGGCACAAAUCAAGUCUGAUUUGCGGCACCUCCGCCGCUCUGCAGAAACGGCUCACGAUCGAUGCGAUGUGGGAACCCAUCCUGAAGCCGUACACCCCGGAACAUCCGUGGGAGCCCAGGCUACCGACUACAGCGACCUGCUUGGCCUCAACCAGGAGCUAGUUCGAACCAAUCAGCGCCUGCAAGCCGCGCAUCACACGUUGGAUGACCGCGUCAUGGCCUUGCAAUCGGAGCUACGGGCAAGCAAGGAUGCCGCACAGCGAGCUCAAGCAGAACGCAAUCAUCAAGCGAACACCAUUGAGCGCCUGCAAGCCGAGAACGGCGACUUGCGCGCAGCACUACAACACGAGGGCAGCGCUCGCGUUAAAGAAUUGGUUGGCCAACUUUCUGAUCUGAAUAGUCGUCUCGAGCAAGCGACGGCCCAGGCCGAGGACCGCGGCAUCGAGCUAGAACGCACUCGCAGUGCCCUCCAUGAGUUGCAAAAGGACAACUCCACCUUUAUGCAGAAGAAUGACCGGCUCCAAAAGGAUGUCAGCCGGCUCGAGGCCGAAGUGGAGGACCUCAAGCUCACGUUGCAACAGGUUGAGGGUGCCCACCACACCAAGGCACAAAACGUGCGCGGUCUGCGCACCGAGCGGCUUUCGCUGGGCCAGCAAGCCGAGCAACUGCAGCGUCAGGUUGAUACGCUGACCAACGAGCUGGGUCUAGCAGCAGCUAGCCACGAUCAACUCCGUACUCACGCCGAGGAGUCUCGGGAGGAGGCCAAGGCCUUACGUCGGCACAACAAGCAGCUGGAGAAGGGCAUCAAGGAGGUUGAGGAUAACGUCGAGCGGCUGGAGGCAGAACUCGCAGCGGCCCUCAGCGCCAAGACUGACGUGGAGGGGCAACUGAGCACCGCUCAGCAGCAGUUGGAGGAGUACCAGGCCAACGUGACCACAUUGCAAAAGCAGAAUCAAGCCCAGCGCAACAAAGUGGCGGCGGCCACACGACACGAGCAGGCUUUCCUCAAGGUCUUGGCCAAGUUGCAGGCCGUUGUGCACCAUGCUGCAUCGCAUGCCAGCCGUUGUGCCGCACGCAACGCGUUUGCUGUCAAGGCCAAGCGAUUGCAGGAUGAUAUUCAGAUUGUUUUUGAGGAGUGUGUGGAUCACCUGGCCGAGGGUGGCCUCAACUUCAAGACGCGCCGUGAUGUCGUGGCUGGCAUGAAAGACAUGUUGGCCCGCCGGGAGGGCUAA